UUCCCCAUUUAGAAGCCAUUUUGGACACAGAUCAGUAACAUGCAUGUAAACCCCGACCGACCUCCUGACGCUGCGGUGCUAUUAUUCAAGUGAAUACCCUUAAAAAUAGCGACCAGCCUUCGAUUUGUUCGGUUUGGCGGCUCCGCGUUCGGUUUCCGGAACCUUUCCCGAUGCGAAAUGCGGCACCUUUGGACAGACUAGCGUCCUGGCGGUCAGUUAUUCGCUCCUUUUUCUUUGCAACAUUGUUGCAGCGUCGCGGCUAUUGACACGCGCUGUGGAGGAGGAGGAGGCGUCGGUGGCCACAGGCGGCUCGGAGGGACCGGAGGCCUGCGGACGCUCGGAUCCAGGACUGAUGUUUUUGGCCAGCCGGAGUUUGAAUGCUCGCGAAGGAAAGGGAGCGAAAUCUCGGUCUUGUAUUCGAAACGGAACAUGUCUUUUUCAUGGCUGACUUGUUCACUUCUUCUGGGAACUUUGUGCGCAGGAUACAGUCUUGGCGAAGUGGAGACCCGGGAGUGUGUGUACUACAAUGAUAACUGGCGUACGGAGAGGACCAACCAGAGUGGCUUUGAGCGCUGCGAGGGGGAGAAGGACAAGCGCCUGCACUGUUAUGCCUCCUGGCUCAACUCCUCAGGGACGAUCAAGCUGGUGAAGAAAGGCUGCUGGCUGGACGACUUCAACUGCUAUGACAGGCAAGAGUGUGUCUCUAUGGAGGAAAACCCUCAGGUGUUCUUCUGCUGCUGCGAGGGGAACUACUGCAACGAGCGAUUCACUCACCUUCCUGACUUGAUUGGAAAUCGAGUAAAAAUCCGGCCUCCGCCUCGUGUGCCGUCUCUGCUCAAUGUGCUGGUGUACUCUCUGCUGCCACUGUGCGUGCUGUCCUUGGCGCUCAUUCUGGCCCUCUGGAUGUAUCGCCACCGGAAGCCUCCUUAUGGUCACGUGGACCUCAGUGAGGAUCCCGGACCAGUUCCUCCAUCCCCAUUGGUGGGUCUGAAACCACUGCAGCUGCUGGAAAUCAAAGCUAGGGGGCGCUUUGGUUGUGUUUGGAAAGCUCGGUUAAUGAGCGAGUAUGUGGCAGUGAAAAUCUUCCCUGUUCAGGAUAAGCAGUCGUGGCAGAACGAGCGGGACAUCUUCAUGACUCCCGGGAUGAGACACGAAAACAUCUUGCGUUACAUCGCUGCAGAGAAGCAUGGAACCAAUCUGGAAACGGAGCUUUGGCUCAUCACAGAAUUUCAUGAGAGGGGCUCAUUGACGGACCACCUGAAGGGUAACACUGUGACCUGGACUGAGCUGUGUCACAUAGCAGAGACCAUGGCCCGCGGCUUGGCCUACCUCCAUGAAGACAUUCCCAGCUACAAGGGAGAGGGGCCUAAACCCACUAUUGCACACAGGGACUUCAAGAGCAAGAAUGUGAUGCUGCGAGAUGAUUUAACUGCAAUCAUCGGAGACUUUGGGCUCGCUGUACGGUUCGAACCGGGAAAGCCUCCUGGAGACACUCACGGCCAGGUUGGCACAAGGCGUUACAUGGCUCCAGAAGUGCUGGAGGGAGCCAUUAACUUCCAGCGAGACUCCUUCCUGAGGAUAGACAUGUAUGCCAUGGGCUUGGUGCUAUGGGAGCUGGUGUCCCGCUGCACCGAGGCAGACGGUGCAGUUGGUGAGUACGUGCUGCCGUUUGAGGAUGAAAUAGGUCAGCAUCCCUCCCUGGAGGAUCUGCAGGAUGUGGUUGUGCACAAGAAGAUGCGUCCAGUCAUCAAGGACUGCUGGCUCAAACAUCCUGGUCUGAGCCAGAUGUGCGAGACCAUCGAGGAAUGCUGGGACCACGACGCAGAGGCUCGGCUGUCUGCCGGCUGCGUGGAGGAGCGCAUCAGUCAGAUUGCCAGGACGAUAGGCAGCACUACCUCAGACAGCCCCGUCUCCAUUGUGACAUCGCUCAUCAACGAGGACCUACCUCCCAAAGAGUCCAGCACCUGAACGGGUGACACCACCACCCUCCCCUUACAUGAGCUCUUGACUUUUCAUCUUCCUUUUUUCUUUUUUUUCGCCCAAACUCAGCGGAUUGUCGUGCAUAUUUAACAACUCAAAAAGAACCCUCUAGCAACUUCAAUGCAGCUGCUAUUUUCUCCUGAUACUGGUAUUUUGUGUUCAAGUCAGAUCUUUACCGACGCAUCCGUCUGCUGUAGUUGAAGUAGUAAUAAGCUGUGCGACGGGCACAUCUGAUGGUCUCCUCGUGUCAAACCUGUUGUCAUUACCUCAUGUAUUUCUUUCCUGUGUUGUCUCUUUUGGUUACCUCGUGAGUUGAUGUCUGUGCCGUAUUUCCCGUCGUGUUCAUAUUCGUCUGCGGCCAAAUUCCACGAACCUGUGCUCCAAACCUCAGACGACUUGCUGCACACCUUGGAGGAACCGUUUUUAGACUGUUAGACAAAUUAUACUCAUCUUCCUCAGGGGUCGAAGCUGUUUUAUUUCAAGGGAGGGAGCUAAAUUGGAACCGAGCAGUCGUAUUGGACGUUUGGGACUUUUCGAAGGUUUGGGACAGGUGUCUUGUUCUCGGAACUACCUCUCAGGUAUCCAGCAGGCUUCUUUGGAACAUUUCUCUAAGUUCAGAGCCAAGCAAACUAGCUAGCUAUCAUGGACGUAAUCCUGGAUUUUCUUUGUUUUUAAUUGUUCAAUUUCAGAGUUACUCCUUUCCCGGUGCCAGGGGCACUGCCGGAUGCUGUCUGGAGUUGAAAUGUUACUCAUUCUUAAUUUUGACUGUAUGCAUUUGUGUGCAAGAGUGUGAAUCUGAAGACUAAAUGGUGUGUGGCGGAUAGCGCGUGUUUUUAAGGUGCGAACCAUGAACAGGUAAUUGAGGGUUUAUCCUUGCAAGGGUCAUACAUGAUCAAGCAACAUGUCUGUCUUUUUGGUUAUUAGACUCAGUUGGACGCUGGUCCCUAGAUACCUCAGUCACUGUAUGUCAUGCAAGGAGAGCUCAAAUGGUUGCCUUUGUCUCAAAUGCAAUGCCAUAGUUGUACCAUAACAUAAACAUACAUUGAAUGUCCGUUAUGCUGCUGUGACCUUUCCAGGAUACUCAAGGAUUUGUAGAUGUAUUGUUUGUUAAUAUAACACUAACAUGCGAUAACUAUUCAUGAUAUUAUGUGAGGCUAAUAUCCUGUUUUUUUUUUUUUGUGUUUUGUUUUCUUUUGACUGGGUAAGCCUUUGGCUGCUCACUCCUCCAGACUGACCUCAGAUAUUCUGACAAGUACCUCAGGCAUUUUUCUACAUGUGUAUCGAGUUGUGUUAUGUAUUUUAUUGUGUUUUAGUAGUCGAGAUAUUUUAUUGCCGGUCUGGCCUCUGCCUUUGGAGGAUUCUCGUAUCUUAUUUGAUUUGGUUUCUAGUAGAACCUGACCAGUUUUCAUGGUUUUUAUUGCUCUACAAACCUAAAAGAAGAGAGGUGAAUUCCUGUAAAUAUACACACACACACACAGACGCCUGAAUAUAUUCAUUUUGUUUUCAUUUCUAUACAAAAUCAGGGCAUUGCUGUUAUUUCUGUUAGGGCAAAAGGAUUCCUCAGCAUCAUAUUUGCAUAUUUAAGUUAACCAGCCCUGUGAUGAUUUUAUCUUUUAUUUUUUCAGAGGAGUGUUACUGAUCUAAGUGAAUCAUGGUAUUGACUUACCUUUAUUAGAAGCUGUAAGGGUGGCACUGGCAUACAAAAUUAGUGUGUAUAUCAUCAAAAGGACAAAGAACAAAUAUUUUUAUGGUUUGGUGUGGCAGCUUCUGUGAUUGGCCACUUGUUUGAACAGUAUUGCCUCAAUAUUAACCUGCUGAUGUGAUGUUCUGACCUGUUUAGUGAUAGUUUAGCCACGUUGGACAACACACAGGCUCAUCUGUUGUGCUUUGAUUAGUGGUGUGGAAAGGUAGUGAUUUUAACAGUGGUCUGUAGCUCUUGCUGAUGUGCAGUUUUGGUAAAGGACUUUUUGGAGAACAUAAUCAACUCAAUGCUGAACAAUGUUUUUAGUGUUUUGAAACCAUCAUUGUGUUUGUAGCCACAUGACUGACUGAUGCAGCACCAUCAGGAUUCACGUAAACGGCGCCAUGUGCACGGACCAAGGGUCCAGCAAUAUUUCCUAAACAGCAAUAGUCAUUUAAGUUCAUUAAAUGCAGCUGUGACUUGGCAAGUAUCUUCUGCAGAUCAACAGAAUACAUCUCCUCAAACCUGGAUCAUGCUCUGACGGUCCAAGUCUCCUGAUGGGAAAGAUGCAGCGGGUUGAACAUCUUGUGUGCACGCUGAACGUGGCCCAGGUGCUUUCACAAAUUGUGCCAGGCAGACAACAGUCACGUGUGAUUAAAAAAAAAAUGCCGUGAUGGGUUGUUACCUCCAAAUGCUGUCUUAGACCCAGCUCUUCUGAACCGAAAAAAACCAUGUUACCUCAUGCAGUACCUUGUUUAGUAACACUAACCUGGAGUCAGUCUCAUCUUCAACAAAAAAAGAAAAAAUAUAUCAAUUAUUAUGUAUAUAUUUACUUGCUAGAUGUAAAAGGUUUCUUCCUUUUCAUGUGUGGAUCCUGUGAAAACAAAAUCCUAUAUUUUUUUUCUUUAAUUUACAGUCAGCAUAUUGUUUAUUUGUUCUGUGAAUGAAUGUUGGAAUUAUGUGACCAUCCCUGUUUAUGUGAAUUGUGUGUGUGUGCGUGUGUGUGUGCGUGUGUGUGUGUGUGUGUGUGUGUGUGUGUUGGUUUCUUUAAAUCUGUAUGAAAGAAAACUAUGUGCGUUGAAAUGCUUAGAAAUAUAAACUAGAUGAGUACAUUCAUCUUUUUGUAUAUGAAAAUAAAGACAAAUUCUGAUUAA